CCACUCCUCUGCUGAUAGACAUGAGAAAUGUCCAUGGUCGCUAGCAUAUGCAGUGAUGGCUCCUUUUUGUUCGACCAUCCUCAUCAACAUGUGUAGUGUAGAGUUCCACCUCAUCAGUACUGCCUGUAUGAUAGAAUGCUGUGGGACACCUAGCUCCUCCUGAAUUUUAGACAGGUGUUGCUGAGCCAUAACAGAGUGGUUGAUGUCAGGUUAAGGGGUUUAAAGGAAAGACUAUGGAAGGGGAGGUGGACUCAAACGCAGUUACACAGGAGACAAGAUCAGGGGAAAAAAAAGGCAAGCUUUUAUUUAACAAAAGCUGAUUACAAAAACCAAAAGCAGACAAAUGGGGACAAACGAAAAAGUAGCAAAGCAAAAAUACAAAGUUCAAAUCAAACAUGGGGAAAAAAAUGCAAAAAAAAAUCCAAAACAUACCAAACAGGGAACAGGAGCAUGACCAGGAGCAUGACCAACCAAAGACAAACCAAGACAACGACCGGACAAGGAGUGAAGGAAACACACAGACUAAAUACAAAGACACUAAUGACAUGACGAGGAACAGGUGAGGAGAGCGAGGAGGGAGGAAGCCAGAUGUGAAUGAAGGGGAGGAGCACAGAGGAGCAGACCAGGAGGGAACAAGGCUGACAGACAGAGGGCGACAGAGGGCAGAUCACAGGAAAGACUUAAAGGACAAGAGACACAAGAGGGCAUGGAAAAAACAAAACAUCACACAAGACAUGGAAAAACAAAACAUAAGACAUAACAAGACAUGAUACAAAGACAUGAUACCAAGACAGGAGAAUAUAAGACAAAAAAAAACAAACCAUAAUCAGAGCAUAACACCAGGACAUGACUCUAGAGUUAUGACAGUCGAAGUGUGUAGCAGUUUUCUUGAUCUUUGCCAGAAUGUCCACCACCACUCUCUGGAAACUGAGGCCAUCAUUUGUAACCAGGUGCAGUAUGUGAGCACUGCAGCUCAGGUCUGGCAUCUCAACAAGGUGCAUGCCUUUCACCAUAUUUGCCCCACUGUCCCUGAGCACAAGCAUGAUCUGCUCCUCAUCAAUUUCCAAUUCCUCAAUCCAAUGUACUGUCCUGUGUGGGACUGUGACAAGGAUUUAACAUUUAGGACAAGUUGGACCUUUUUUCCAAUCCUUGUCAAUGAAAUGAGCAGUCAAGCUCAUUAGUGCUUCAUUUGAACCUAACCAACAUCCAUCCAUCCAUCUUCUUCCGCGUUAUCCGGGGCCGGGUUGCGGGGGCAGCUGCCUGAGCAGGGUCAUCCAGACUUCCCUCUCCCCGGACACUUCCUCCAGCUCCUCCAGAAGGAUCCCAAGGCGUUCCCAGGCCAGCCGAGCAACAUAGUCACUCCAGUGUGUCCUGGGUCUUCCUUAGGGGCUCCUCCCGGCAGGACAUGACAGGAACACCUCCAGGCAUGUCCCAUUAGUGCUUCAUUUGAACCUGACCAACAGUCAGUGGUAAAAGAAAUGUUUUUUUUCCUGCAUUUUCAACUAACAGCAGUUUCUUUAUUUUGCUGACGACUCCUGUAUAAAUCUCAUCCAUCUUCUUUGUAUGGAAAACUGUCUGUUUUUAAUGGGUAUCUGGACUUUGCCUUGGCCAUAACCCUUUUGAAUCCUGCAGCCUCAACAACUGCAAAAGGCAGGAUGAUGUGAGUGGCUAUCAUCACCAUCAGGAGUUUGUCCAUUUCUUCAGUUCUUGGAUCAUUUAGAGUUCAUUUUGUGGUUUUCUCUAGCACUUGUUUGAGGGUUGGCUGUGUCAAAGAUGUGGUUGGAACUUGAAGCUGUGCAUCUUUUUGUGCCUUCUCGUAGAGGUCUUUGUGUUUUGAUUUAAGGUUGGAUUUAUUUUUAAAUCUGAGGCUGCCAGAUUCCUGGCUCACAUAGGCUGUACAGAUGCAUCGCAAUGCAGGGCAUGCACGAUUCAGCAUUGAUGCGGCAACGCACAAUAAUCAAUUAUGUCACUGAUUAUUUUCUGGCCUCGAGUGGACAAUAAAGUUGUGAAGUGUAAAUUACUUCCGGGGGCAUUUCCAGAGCAACGUUGCAAUGACAUGCGCAGCCUGUAGCUACAUGCUAAGCGGCAGUACUAGCUAGCAUAACAACAACACUAAAGAAUCGAGAUCGCUGAGGCGGAGGGAGAUGACCGCGAUAGACGGGUAAUUAAAAACGCACCCAAAGCUUGGAAAGCGGACACCUGGACACAUUUCGGAUUUUACAAAUUCAAUGGGAAACUAGACAAGACUUACACGGUGUGUAAAACCUACCACACUAACAUCAAGCAUGUCGGCAAUACAACUUACUUCACGAACCAUGUUGAUCGUUGGCAUCCUGAGUUGGCUUCAACAACAGCAACACAAAAAGUCGACACAUCCCAGCCAAGAAUUGACCAGUCACUAGUGUCAUCGUUGCCACACACGACUGGUGGCAUGUUUCAUAGUGAAGGAUCUACCCUAUUCUGUGGUCAAACUGGUCAAACAAUAUAUUUUCUCACACUGAAACGGAUUGUUGAUGAUGGUGGUGUUGAACUCAGACGGAAGAAGUUGUUUGCACAAAUUUGGUAGCAGGCUAAGCCUACACACUUUAUUUUUGGUUUACAUUACAAUGUAUUUCACAUCUUGAUAUUUUUUUGUAUGCAGCUGAUGUGAUUGCCAGAUAGGAUUCUCAUCUCAGGUGUAUAAUUGUCAUUGUCUUAAAGCUGCUCAGCUGCUGUUUUGUUGAGAAUAAUUGACUUUACUACUUUACUAUACAGUAAUAAGUGGUCACUGUGUGUUGUACUGAAUAUUUUUAUUGCUGGGUGCCUGGGUGGUUGUUGUUACAAUAGUGUGACUGUGAUUACUGAUUAAUGUUUGCACAGGAGUUCAGGAAGUGCCCUGUCUUAGGGCAGCUAUUUUACUGUGUGUAAAAAAACACUUAUGGUCACUGCUGGAAAAAAGUUGGCUGUUAUUGCUCUAUUUAAUUUUAAAUGGUUCUAAAGCAGUGAUUUAUGUUUUCUUUUUCAGGUUUGAAAAUGCCAUAUCCAAUACCCUGUACCAUACAAUAUUAUUUUAUUUAAUGAUGUUUACGUCAAAGAUACAGGAGAGUGAUAAUACACACAUACACACAGCAGCCAAUAAAAUCUGUUGUUCAAUAUCUGACUGCUUGUAUUGCCUCAUGACUGAUGAAAAAUUUGCCUUGUGUGCAGCAGAAUUUUGAUGCAUCACAAUGCAUCGUAGAAUCGAACUGAAUCAAAUCGUUACCUGGUGAAUUGUAAUCAAAUGGAAUUGUGAGGGCACUGCCAGUGCACACCCCUAAUAUUAUAUAACAAUAUUAACUCAAUGCUUAAAAAAGUGACAAAUACUGAUAAAUAAGGUAUUUUCAUUAAAAUGUCCAAUCUGGAUAACAGAGGACAUGUCCUGGGUAACAGAAGAUCUUACUUAUCUAGAAAGGACAAAAACACCAUUUACCCACCAAAACUCAGUCAAACAUGGUCAAGUUGGCUAAAACAUAGCUUAGCCCUCAACACAUUUACACCACAUUCCACAUGAAAUAGACAGUUUUUAAAUAGAAAAACAUCAUAUAUGUUUUAUAAGUGUUAUCCAGAAAUACAUAUCAUUUUAAGGCACAAUGCACCAGUGACAGAAAAGGCUAUAUAUCAAAAUGUUUAAGAGAGAAUGUAUUUAAUGUAUUUCUCAUGACAGUUGCCCACUUACCAUGAACAUGUGCCCUCUGGUGGACAAACUAUGCAAUGCCAAUACACAUAACAUGGUUUAAGGGUGUUUCAUCCAUUUUUGUUACAUUUUUUUAAAUAUUCAUUUAUCUGCCGUUACAAAUGUCGAUACCGAUAGUUUGGAAAAUGCUUAAUAUUGGCCGAUAAUAUCGGCCCACAAAUAAAUCGGACGGGCUCUAGUAAUCAAGUUAAACCUGAAAGGCAACAAAACCUCACCUGCAGAGCAGAAAGAGGCGGAGCAACACUGGAAAAAACACAACAGCUUUAAAACCACAUUCAUUAAAUGAAACUAAACUUUCAUCAGAUAAACAGCAGAGCUGCAGUCCAGACAAGUCUCUGUGUUUCUCUCUGAAGAAAACUUUCUCAACGCAACAGCAGAAUCUCUGACAAACUCUGACUGUCAACAUGUCUGCUGCCAGCUGUCAGCUGACUGAAGAUCAGUUUCUGUGCUCCAUCUGUCUGGAUGUGUUCGCUGAUCCAGUCAGCACACCAUGUGGACACAACUUCUGUAAAACCUGCAUCACUAAACACUGGGAUAGAAAUGAAAAGUGUCAGUGUCCCAACUGUCAACAGGCUUUCAACACCAGACCUGAACUGGAGGUCAACGCGUUCAUCUCUGAGAUGGCUGCUCAGUUCAGACAGUCAGCUCAACAGAAAGCCAGCAGCAGCAGCUCAGAGCAACAAGUUUCCAAACCAGGAGAAGUUCCCUGUGAUGACUGCACUGCAACCAAACUGAAGGCCAUGAAGUCCUGCCUGGUGUGUCUGGCCUCCUACUGUGAGACUCAUCUGGUGCCUCAUCUGAUAAUAUCAGGCCUGAAAAGACAUCAGCUGAUCGACCCUGUGGAGAACCUGGAAGACAGGAUGUGUAUGAAGCACGAUAAACUGCUGGAGCUGUUCUGUAAGACCGACCAGAUGUGUGUCUGCAUGCUCUGCAGUAUUUCAAACCACAAGACACAUGAUGUUGUUCCUCUAAAAGAGGAAUAUGAAGGAAAGAGGGCCAAGCUGGGGAAGAGAGACACUGAAAUUCAGCAGAUGAUCCAGAAGAGACGACUGAAGAUUGAGGAGAUGAAGCGCUCAGUGCAGCUCAGUAAGAAAGAUGCAGACAGAGAGAUAGCAGCUGGUGUUCAGGUCUUCAGAGCUCUGAAGGAGUCUGUUGAGAGAAGGCAGGCCGAGCUCAUGGACACCAUCAAAGAGAAGCAGAGAGAGACAGAGAAACAGGCUGAAGGCUUCAUCAAAGAGCUGGAACAGGAAAUCUCUGAGCUGGAGAAGAGAAGCUCUGAGGUGGAGCAGCUCUCACAGUCUGAAGACCACCUCCACCUCCUCCAAAGCUUCCCAUCACUGAACACUGCUCCACCCACCAAGGACUGGACAGGAGUCAGCGUCCGUCCACCUUCAUAUGAGGGGACUGUGGUGAGAGCUGUGAAUCAGCUGGAGGAGACGCUCAGUAAACAGAUGAAGAAGGUCGAGCUGAAGAGGGUCCAGCAGUAUGCAGUGGAUGUGACACUCGAUCCUGAUACAGCACAUCCUGCUCUCAUCCUGUCUGAUGAUGGGAAACAAGUUAAUUGUGGUGAUGUAAAGAAGAAUCUCCCAGACAACCCAGAGAGAUUUGAUAAAUGUGUUUAUGUCUUAGCGAAGCGGAGUUUCUCUUCAGGAAGAUUUUAUUAUGAGGUUCAAGUUAAAGAGAAGACUGAGUGGGAUUUAGGAGUGGCCAGAGAGUCGAUCAACAGGAAGGGAAAAAUCAAACUGUCUCCUCAGAAUGGUUACUGGACGAUGUGUUUGAGGAAUGAAAAUGAGUACAAAGCUCUUGCUGGCCCUGCAGUCCGUCUCUCUCUGAAGCAUCAGCCUGAGAAGGUGGGGGUGUUUGUGGAUUAUGAGGAGGGUCUGGUCUCCUUUUAUGACGUUGGUGCUGCAGCUCUUAUCUACUCCUUUACUGGCUGCUGCUUCACUCAGAAACUCUACCCAUACUUUGGUCCAUCUAAUAAUGAUGGUGGUGAAAACUCUGCUCCUCUGAUCAUCUCUCCUGUCAGUCACAGAAAGAUCCACAUCAUUUAAUGUAAUAAACAGUGUUGCCACAGUUACCUUGAAAAAGUAAUCUGAUGACUGAUUACUCCUUUAAAAAGUAAUUUAGCUACUUUACUGAUUACUUAUUUUUAAAAGUAACAAAGUUAGAUUACAAGUUCCAUUCGGCAGGUCCCCCUCAGCAACCUUUAUAUUCUCAUCUUUCGCUGACACAAACUCAAAAUAAUGACUGUAUUUCCAGCAAGAAAAUGCACAUCUCUGUUCUCCCUCCAUUGUUGUUUGUGUUUGUGUUGCUGCGUGUGUUAAAUGUGAGCUGUCCUCAUGCUGAAAAACGUGAUUUGUCGUGUACGUGACAUCGCUGUCCGACACGCAAUAAGAAAGCAAAAAUACAUAUUUGUACUGAGGAAAAUGAAGAAAAUAAUAUUAACACAUAGUGACUUGCAGAAGUAAUUUUAAUCUGAUCACUGGUUUGGAAAUAUUAAUGCAUUAGAUUACUCAUUACUUAAAUGAGUUACUAAGUGUUUGUGAUAUUUGUGAUUGUGAUUUCAGAUGAUUUUAACUUAAUAACCUUUGUCUCAUUUUGUAACUCAGUUUCUUCCUUGUAACCACAAAUUACACAUGUCCUUGAUGUUUUUUAAAGUCAAAAUAUCAGCGUGUUGUUUUGUGCAAAAUAUGACAAAUAUCUUUCAUUAUGUACUGAUAUCUUGUAUCUGAUGAUAACAUUUUCAGUUUUGAGGUGUUUUUUAACCAGAUCAGCAGACAGAAUAUUUCUUCAUCCAGAUGGUUAGAAGAGUCUUUGAGGAUUCUGGAAAUUCUGAUCAGAAGUAAAAGUUGUCAAAUGAACUUUUUGGUAUCAUGAUUCUGUUUCUGUGAUUUCCUGUUUUAUUUUGAAGUUUUGCCCGAUAGUGUUGUGUGUUGCUCUUCAGUUCCUCCCUCUGUGUGAACUUCCUGCCCUUCUUCUGUGUUCAGCUGUGUCUUGUUUGUCAGUCAGCACUGUGUGUAUAUAGUCUGUGUGCUCCCUGAUGUCUUUGUCAGUUCAUCCUGUGUUUCCUCUGAAUCCCUUCUCGUGUCUUCUACUAUCUUCCCGUGUCAUGUUUCUGUCAUUUUUGUUCCUCAUGUUUUCUCCUGAAUUGUACUUUGCUCCUCUUGGUUGAUACUUUGUUUUAGCUUUUUGUGUUUCUACUUUGUAUUUUUGAGAUUGACGCCUCUUGGUUGUUUUUGGAUUCUUGGUUUUUGGUUUACUCAGCUUGUUGUGAAAUAAAGUUCACCUUUUGUUCUUAAUCCUGCCUCCCUCCCUGGUGUUUUGUAUUUGGGUCCUCACCUUUUUAACACAAAAUGUAACAUUAUGACCAUGACGAAUUAGUCAAUGACAAUCUUAGCUAUGUUAUUUCAAUGUUAGGGUGAUACAUGAGUCAAUAAACAUUCAGUUUAAUGUCGACUCAUGAUCACAAAGCUCAAAAUAUGAACUUUAAAGCACCUCAGAAGCUAAAUUAUAGCAGAAAAAUGUCACUCGUGCAGCUGAUGAUCGACACAAACUGGCUCCAACACGAGGCUCACAAAGUGGGUCUGCUGAUCAGCUGCUGCAUCGUGACGAUCAACCACAAACAAUGAUCAGUAACAUGGUGCAAUAAACUGCACCACAAACAGAAAAUGUUGUCAAUGAGGAAAACUUCAGCACAAUGUCUUCAUGAACACACAAUAAACAAGAAACUGUCCAUGCACCACCCACUCCUCUUCUGUUGCUGCAGUGACUGAGUGAGAAAACACUGUUUGUGUGCAACUCCUCUUUUGUCCACUAGGUGUCACUGCCAGCCUUUCCAACACAGAUUAUCUAUGACUAAUAUGUAAGCAGCUGACUCUCUGACCAGUCUGAGAUGUUUUCACCUUUUAACACACACGUGGCAGUGACGUAAAAACAAGAGGACUCCAGACUGAACUCCACCAAGACUUGACUCAACUUGAGCCUCGAAAGUGAGUUUCAAGUUUUCACCUGUAAAAUCCUCCAACAAUAAAAAAAAAUAAAAAUGAAGAAGACAGCGACAGGCAGGACUUCAUAGUUUACAAUGAAAGGACCUGAUCUCAGCUACAAUAUUCACAGUAAAAAUAACAAGAAUAAACACUGACACAGACACACGAUUAACACACUGCAAUAAAUCCACAGCAGCCCUCUUCAUGAAUGACU